AUGAGGCUCACCAUAUGGCUAGGUCUGUCCUUCAAGCUUUCACUGCCCAACGGCGCCACCGUUGCUGGAAUCCGCAACAUCCCUACAGACUCUCCGUCUCCUCACUAUCGACCGCUAAUCGUCGGUCUUCACGGUGGCACUUACGACUGUCAUUACUUUGACGGGAGCUGA